CCGCUUUUCGCAAGGCUUGCAUGAAACACUCCACCCACCGCCCUUGACCUCGACCAACCACUCCGUAAUGGUAAAAAGGCAAACGUGGCCGUGCAGUUGUUCCCUUUCUAUUUCUCUCUCUCCCUCUUCUCUGGCCGCCGCCGCUGUCGCCGUUACGAGCCAGGGGUGGGCUGCAAAGAGUGCCGUUUCGUUUUCGCGACAGCGCCGUCUCCGCCUCUGGUUGGCUGCGAAGGAGUGGCCGAUGGUCCAUGCAUCCCUGACGGAAAUUGCUCUAGCCGUACGUGGCAGGAUUCUGGAAAUUCUCUCGGCUCAAGUCUCCCUCGACUCAGCUCCACUCUCCUGGCGAUAUCCUAGUCGCCAGCGACCGCUGGUAGGGAUUGUCCAACCCGCCGUCACUAGCGGGACGCAAGUACGCACCAAUAUGGAGCAAUAUGCACAAAUGAAUAACGCUAUGUGUGGUUCAGCACUGGGGUAUUGUUCUCUGAGAGUUCGAGAAGCUCGAGUUUUGCCUAGGCCGCAGCCAAUGAACCGAGGCGCCGCAUGGCUGACGGAGCCAAAUGCUACUGAGCAGAUUAAGGAUGGAUAACUGGACACCUACUUACCUGUAGUAGGUAGUACGGUACAAUUAUCCUCCACCCCUUGCUGUCAAUACCGGUGAGCGCUUGAGU